GAUGACCGUGAAGCUCCACAACAACCUCGCUCUCCUAUGAGCACCAAUCGUUUGCCACCUUUCAGUCAUUUAUUAAACCGAAAAGGGCUUUCCCAGGCCCUCGGCUUUUCAGGGAGCGCCUCGCCAGAAGUUUGGAAAGCCUAAUGCGGUGGUCUGGGAAUCACCCCUGCGGAGCAGAGAUCCGGGAACCACACCUACAGCGCAGGGAGCUCCAGGACCACCAGUGUGCCAGGAACGAAGGCAGCGGGCAGCAGUCGGUGACCGGGGUGUCGGCGGCGGAUGACGGGAACAGCUACUGGCGGGUGCGGGGCCGCACGGCCGCCGUGUGCCAGCGGGGCACGCCGGUGCGCUGCGGGCAGGCCAUCCGCCUCACGCACCUGGGCACCGGCCGCAACCUGCACAGCCACCGCUUCGCCUCGCCGCUCUCCGGGAACCAGGAGGUGAGUGCGUUCGGGGAGGCCGGCGAGGGCGACUACCUGGACGACUGGACAGUGGUGUGCAGUGGGACCUACUGGGUGCGGGACGACGAGGUGCGCUUCCAGCACGCCUCCACCGACGUCUUCCUCUCGGUGACCGGGGAGCAGUACGGGCGGCCCAUCCACGGGCAGAAGGAGGUGCACGGCAUGGCCGCCUCCAGCCAGAAUAACUACUGGAAGGUGAUGGAGGGCAUCUUCAUGCAGCCCAGCGAGGCCUUCCAAAUGGAGCAGCACCACGCCGAGCUGUGAGGGACAGACAGACUGAUGCUGAGCUUCUGGGCGCUGCCCUGCUGUGUUUGGGACUGCUGAGCCCAUGGGAUGGCUCCUGUCCCCACCCUGGGACUGACACACACCAUUGACACACACCGCUGACACAGGGCCCCACCACAAGCAGAUCCCAAUGUCCUGAAUUCAAAAUGGAGCAGAUUCCAUUGUCCCAAAUCUGACACUAAACAGAUCCCAGCGUCCAGACCUGACCCAAAGCAGCUCCCAACAUCCUAAAACCACUACAAAGCAGAUCCCAAUGCCCAGACCUGACCCACAACAGAGCCCAACAUCCUAGAUCAGCACAAAGCAGGUCCGAACAUCCCAAAUUAGCACAAAGCCAAGCCCAGCAUCCAGACCUGACCCAAAACAAAUUCCCAAGCUCCCACCCUGUCCCUUUGCAGCCCACUCUGUCCAAGGACCUUGCCCUUAAAGGACUGCUGUCCCUGGGAGCUGUACCCUUGCUGUACCCCAAACGGUUCCUCAUGCCCUGCGAGGACCUGGGGCCAUAAAAGUGCUGAACUCUG